ACCCUCGUUUUUCUUCAAAAUCCCUUUAGCCCUUCCCCUCCUAUCCCCAAAUCUAAACCUAGCUAAAUAUCUGCUUCAAUGGCGAAUGCGGAGGCGGAGGCCGUCGAUUUCGAGCCUGAGGAGGACGAUCUUAUGGACGAGGAUGUCGGCGAUGACUCCCCCAACCGAGCCACCGUUCCUCGCCUGAAGUCCGCCAUCACCGGCGGCGGCUCCUCCACCGCUCCAAAGAAGACCAAGGGCCGCGGGUUUCGCGACGAGGCCGCUGCUGAAGCGGACCGAAAUGCUCGCAUGUCCGCCCCCUUCGAUUCGCUCGAUUCAGAAGGCGGUCCUGGCCCCGAACGAUCUAUUGAAGGAUGGAUUAUUCUGCUUACUGGAGUUCAUGAAGAGGCUCAAGAGGACGAUCUGCAAAACGCAUUUGGUGAUUUUGGAGAGAUAAAGAAUUUACACUUGAAUCUCGAUCGUCGUACGGGUUUUGUCAAGGUAUAUAAAUCUUGCGUUCUUUUACGAUUCGUUAUGAAAGUUACCUGCUAUAUACUAAUUAUGUAACAUGUUAAAGAGAAAUCUAAUGACAUUCUAUAUGAUGUUUAUCAGGAUUAACUUUAAAUGUUAUGUAAAUCUUCUUCUUCUUCUUCCACAUUUUUACAUUUUACACUUUGUUGAAUUUGAAGGCAUACCAUCCCUUUCUGCAACCGCUUUAGAUGAUAUUAUAACAUAGAUUCUCUGUAUAAGCAAUUGAGGAUCCUGUAAAAUAGUUUAAUGUUAUAGCCCGGAUGAACAUUUUGAGUCUUACAAACUACCCUUGUGUGUAGAUGGGCUCCAAGAAAAGAUUAUUAUUUACUCUGAGUUGCCUAAGCAGCAUAUUUGCAUCUCUGAAGCAGUCUUUACUCACAAAGGG